AGACUCUGAAACUGGGGCCGCUGUCAACAAUUUCAGCUUCCACUUCCCCCCGCCCCAUUCCUCCAUUUCCUCGACAAACUAGUUCCCAAACCCAAACCUAAACCCAGCAAUUAGAACCCGAGCGAGGUCCGACUGCGAAACCACCCUCCCAACACCGCCAGCAAAUUGCCCACCAUGUCCAACGGCGUCGCGACCAACGGCACUGAGUCCCAGGACCAGACUCACACCCCUUGCCAACGCUAUCUGAGCACUCGCGGUGAGGACGGCGGUCACUCUUUCGAAUACGUCGUCCUCAAGGGUCUCGCCGCCGACGGCGGUCUCUACAUCCCCCAAGAGGUGCCUGUCGUGCCCGAGUCCGUAUGGCAGAGCUGGAAGGACCUCUCCUAUACCGACCUCGCCUACAACAUCAUCUCCCUCUACGUUUCCCCCUCAGAGAUCCCCGCAAAAGACCUUAAAGACAUCAUCAACCGCUCCUACGCCUCCUUCCGCACCCCCGAGGUUACUCCCCUUGUCCACCUCCAGGACAGCAUACAUCUUCUUGAGCUCUUCCACGGCCCGACUUUUGCCUUCAAGGAUGUUGCCCUUCAGUUCCUCGGCAACCUCUUCGAGUACUUCCUCGUGCGCAAGAACCAGGGCAAGGAGGGAAGGGACAGGUACCACCUGACUGUUGUUGGCGCGACGAGCGGUGACACUGGCUCCGCCGCCAUCUACGGUCUGCGCGGCAAGAAGGAUGUCUCCGUUUUCAUGCUUCACCCCAAGGGCCGUGUGAGCCCCAUCCAGGAGCUUCAGAUGACCACUGUGCUCGAUGCCAACGUUCACAACCUCGCCAUCACCGGCAACUUCGACCACUGCCAGGACAUCCUCAAGUCCCUCUUCGCCGACCCCGAGAUCAACGCUACCCACAAGCUCGGCGCCGUCAACUCCAUCAACUGGGCCCGUAUCCUUGCCCAGACCGUGUACUACUUCUACUCCUACUUCUCCCUGGCCCGCCAGUCCGAGUCCUUCAACAUUGGCGACAAGGUGCGCUUCGUCGUUCCCUCGGGCAACUUUGGCGACAUCCUCGCCGGCUACUUCGCUUUCCGCAUGGGUCUCCCCGUCGACAAGCUUGUCAUCGCCACCAACGAGAACGACAGUCUUGACCGCUUCUGGAAGACUGGCUGCUACACCAAGAAGCCCGUCAGCGGCCCCAAGGCUGAGGGCGGUCUUCCCGAAGACGGCGCCAAGGCGCACGAGGAUGGAGUCAAGGAGACCAUGAGCCCUGCCAUGGACGUCCUGGUAUCGAGCAACUUUGAGCGCCUGUUGUGGUAUCUCGCCUACGAGUUCGCCUCCAGCGCCGGUAUGGAUGACGAGUGGAACAAGAAGCAGGCCGGUCAGGAGGUCAGCUCCUGGCUGAAGGAUCUCAAGGUGAAGGACGGCUUCGGCCCCGUCUACAAGGACGUCCUUGAGAGCGCGCGCCGCAACUUUGAGAGCGAGCGUGUCACCGACCAGGAGACCCUCGACACCAUCAAGAGCCUGUACCAGGAGGUCGGCUACGUACUGGACCCCCACACCGCCGUCGGUGUCGAGGCCGCCAGGAGAUCGGUCAAGCGCGCCGGUGCCGACAUCCCCCAUAUUUCCCUAUCGACAGCCCACCCCGCCAAGUUCUCUGGCGCCGUCAACCUUGCGCUUCAGGACCAGCCCGAGUUCGACUUUGAGGCCAAGGUGCUACCGCAGGAGUUUGUCGGUCUGGACCAGAAGGAGAAGCGCGUCCAGGAUGUGGCCAAUGACUGGACAGCAGUGAGGGAGGUGAUCAGGGAACAAGUAGAGGAGGAGUUGAAGGCGCUGGAUUCUGCUUAGGCUGUCUUUGAGCGGUGGAACGUUUGCGGAUAGGAGCGGGGGGGCAGCAAAAAUCAAGAGGUCAUUU